AUGGAUCGACUGCCCACGGAAUUGCUUCUCACGAUCGGGAGGCAUACACAGCAAGAUCGAUGCCCUCAAUCCACCAUAUAUUCCCUGAGCCUUUGCUGCCGGCGAUUCCACAAUAUAUUCUCCCCGUUGAUGUAUUCAUAUAUUUCUUCUGACACAUUCUCCGAGAAAUUUAUUUACUUUAUCAUACGCAUAUGGCGAGAGCCAGAACUCGCUCGGCAAGUCCACCGAUUGGACUUGUGCUGGUCCCAAUGUGACCAGCAUGACCCGCUGGAAGUCGAUCAGGAAAUGGAUUGCUUCAUUGACGCCGCAUUGAAUGAAAUAUUCUCGGCAAAAGAACGGAAGCAACGCAAAGAAUGGAAACUGCAUCUCCGUGGAGAAGAGGGAUUGUGUGCGGAAGCAUGGUUAGGCCUUUUACUCGUUCGCCUCCCCAACCUUCGAAUGAUUCAAUUCGAACACGAAGUGACCGAACUCAUCUCGGAUCUUUUGUUGAAAGCGGUGAUGCGUCAGCAACCAUUCCAGCACGGCGUGCCAUUUCCUCACCUCCAGGAAGUCCGAGCCUGCGUUGCCUGGGGGGCUUCAUGGAUCGACUCGGACUUUUUGACACCAUUCUUUCAAUUCCCUGCUGUUCGGCGUCUCUACGGAACUGCAAUUGGCGAAAAAAGACCAGACAAUAGCUUGAAAAAGCUCAUCCACCGGGUUCCAUGUCCGGUCCGGGAGAUUGUUAUCGAAGAGGGUUAUUGGUGUCGCGGUAUGCUUGAUUGGUUAGCGCUGUGUACAGACCUCGAGCGGAUUUCGAUUGGCGUCGAAAUCCAGGCAGACGAGUAUGAGAUUGAGGAAGAUGAAGCCUUCAACGCCGCAACAUUUCGCGUGGCCAUUCUUCCUUUUGCGAAAACUCUCAGGAGUCUUCGUAUCUGGUAUGGAGAUUCAUACAAUGAUCAAUUGGAAGAAACGGAAGCCGUGGAAACUCCAUUCGGGUCGCUCAGAGCCUUUACUGCUUUACAGCAGCUUACAUUUAGACAUGACCACCUGAUAAGGCUGUCUUGUGAUGGCGCAACCCAUCGAGAUUCGGAGCCACUCUCCGAUUCCCUACCACAGUCACUUGUGAGCUUGGAGAUCACAGACAUAGUGAUUGAUUCGCACAUCGAGCUCAAAUCUGAGCUCUCAAAACUACUGCUUUCAAGGAGCAGCUUUCCUCAUCUCCGCCAAAUCAGGCUCUGUAUUACAAACGAAGAUGAGGAUGAGCUGGAUCAUAUGUUCAAUGGCCUCAAACUUGAAUACCAAACAGCCCGUAUCAAGCUCAUUAUUGGGCAGAUUCCUAUUUUCGAGUGA